GCAACAUCUCGCACUCCUGCAUUGCCACCCUCUUCUCCGCAUCAACAUGGCCAGCAUCCUCCUCAGCCGAAGCUUCAAGGCGCUGACGCUUGCCGAGCCCGCGUCGCUGCGGGCGCUGUCGACAUCAGCGCCGGCGCUCAAGGCGACCGCGGCGGCACCCAAGGCGAAGGCGGCAGCCAAGCCCAAGAAGAAGCAGGACCGCACAAAGUCUAUCCCCGCGCCCCCCAAGCGGCCCAACUCGCCGUUCACAAUCUUCUUCAAGGGCUUCUACCACCGCGAGAAGGGAAGCUUCCUCGACGCGCAGGGCAAGACGAACGUCGCCGACGUCGCCCGCGCGGCAGGCAAGGCGUGGGCUGCGCUGUCAGAGGCCGAGCGCAAGAGCUACGACGGCGAGGUCAAGGCCGAGUGGACGGCGUACAAUGCCGCCAUGAAGAGCUACCUCGAGACGCUGCCCGCUGCGGACCGCCUCGCGCUCGAGAAGAAGGCAGGCAAGAAGUUCCCCGUGCCAGGCGGCCGCAGCGCAGCCAAGCAGGCCAUCCGCGACCGGCCUGGAAACCCCGGCCGCGCGAGCUCGCCCUUCUUCGAGUACCUCCAGGCGCAGCGCGACGUCAUCCAGGUCGAGCACGCCGACGAGCUCAAGGGCCUCAAGCCGAUGGAGAUCAACCUCCGCGUCGUCUCGCUCGCCGCGCGCAAGUGGCACACGCUGACGCCAAACGAGCUCCAGAAGUGGAAGGACGAGUGCCAGCGCAAGAGGGAAUUGUACAAGGCUUGGGUCGAGACACAGCCAGACAAGGAGAAGUUGUUGAAGAACCUCUAGGACGAGUAGGAUGCAGCGCGUACCACUCUAGCAA